AUGCUGGCGCUGCUACUGCUGCUGCUCGUCUCCUCGUCGCUGGUCACCGUGCUGGGCCUGCCAAGCAAGCAUGUCGAGGCCGACUAUGUGCUGUCGCCCAACUGGGACCUCCAUGCUGCUCCGCAGGUGCGCCACUACGACUGGCUGCUCACCGAGUCGUACCGGGCGCCCGGCGGCAAGCCACGCCGGAUGCUCGUCGUCAAUGGCAUGGCGCCGGGCCCGCUCAUCGAGGCCAACCUGGGCGAUGUCGUCGAGGUGCGCGUAACAAACGAAAUGGCCGACGUGACGGCCAUUCACUGGCACGGCCAGCCCCAGCGCGGCUCCAACGAGAUGGACGGCUCCUUUGGCAUCACCGACUGCGGCAUUGCCCCUGGCACCUCCUUUACCUAUCGAUGGACGGUCCAGACGACGGGCACCUAUUGGUGGCAUGCCCACGCCGCCAUGCAGUACAGCGAGGGCCUGCACGGGCCCAUGAUCUUACACGACCGCGACGAGGGCGAGCAGCGGGCGCAGUACGACACGGACCGAGUGCUGGUAGCCAGCGACCUGUACGACGAGCCGCUGAAGCACUACCUGCACACCUACGAGACCAGGGAGGGCUUCAACGGCGACAUGGGCGUCGAGCCAGUGCCCGACUGCGGCCUCAUCAACGGGCGCGGCCUCUGCAAGGGCGUCGCGCCAACGCUGGCUGCCCGAGCAGUCAUGCCGCUGCAGGGCCGUCGACGCCACCGCUUCCGGCUCAUCAAUGCGGGCGCCCUCGCCUCGAUUCGCUUCCACCUCGAGGGCCACCGUAUGACCGUCAUCGAGGCUGACGGCACCCUUGUCGAGCCAAGGCAGGUGGAUGCCGUCGAUGUCAUGGUCGGCCAGCGCUACAGCGUCGUCGUCGAGCUGGACCAAGCACCAGGGCGGUACAAGUUCCACGCCGACCUGCUCGACGACAUGUUUGGCAUGGAGAAUCCAAACCUGCAGCGGGACCAGCACAUUCUUCUCGAGUACCGCGGCGGUGGGUCACACGUCCAAGAACUAACGGGCAAGGUGGUGCAGACACUGGACCAAUCCGAUCUGCGCCCGCUCCGGGCCAUCGACCCACCACCCUCGACGGAGCAGGACAAGCUCAACAUCCACUUUGCCCUCACCGUCUCGGGCCGCUACCGUGCCUUUCUCAACGGCAGCAGCUGGGAGAAUGCCGGCUGGAACGGCCGCUCGACGCUGGCCGACAUGGUCGACUCGAUGCGCCACGGAAAGCAGUUCCAGCCCGAGGAGUUCGUCAUUGAAAAGCCCCGGGGCGGGGUGCUGGACCUCAUCAUCAACAACGUCGACGAGUCGGACCACCCGCUGCACCUCCACGGCCACGACGCCUUUCUGCUCGGCUCGGGCGAGGGCAUGUUCCGGCACGGCGAGUCGAUGGACCUCAGCAAGCCGUUUGUGAACCCCAUGAGGCGCGACGUGUUCCUCGUCCCCACCUACGGCUGGGCCGUCGUGCGCGUCGUGCUCGACAACCCAGGCAUCUGGGCGCUGCACUGCCACGUGACGUGGCACAUGGCCAUUGGCUUCAUGACGCAGCUCAGCGUCCUCGCAGACGAUGUCGUGGCGCGCAGCGAGAUCCACACGGACCACUGCUCGCCCAUCCGGCUGCAUCUGCCCCCGCCACCCUAG